AUGGUUUCUCAGGGCCUCCAGAUCAUGGGUGUGCUGCUGGCCUUCAUCGGCUGGCUGGGCACCAUCAUCACCUGCGCCAUGCCCAUGUGGAGAGUCACCGCUUUUGUUGGGGCGAACAUCGUCACCGCCCAGGUGAUCUGGGAAGGCCUGUGGAUGAACUGCGUGGUCCAGAGCACGGGCCAGAUGCAGUGUAAGGUGUACGACUCCAUGCUUGCUCUCCCUCAAGACCUGCAGGCCGCCAGGGCCAUGGUGGUCAUCUCUGUGAUCGUCGGGGUGUUCGGCAUCCUCAUGGCCGUGGUUGGAGGAAAGUGCACCAACUGCAUGGAGGACGAAGUGGCCAAAGCCAAAGCCUGCAUCGUGUCCGGAGUGAUCUUCAUAAUAACAGCCUUGAUGAUUAUGAUCCCAGUGUCGUGGUCUGCUCACGCAGUGAUCAGGGACUUUUAUAACCCCCUGGUGAUUGCGGCUCAGAGGAGGGAGCUCGGGGCUGCACUUUAUAUCGGCUGGGGCUCUGCCGGGCUGCUGCUGCUGGGAGGAGGCCUGCUCUGUAACAACUGUCCCCGAAACGAUGGCACAAGACCCUACAUACCUGCCAAGUUCGCCCCUGUGAGAACCGCAUCUUCAAACGUUGACUAUGUGUGAGUGCUUUUUGAGAUUUUCAUAAAAAUGUGUUCAUGAUCUUG